AUGGCGGAGUUCGUGCGAGCCCAGAUCUUUGGGACGACCUUCGAGAUCACGAGCAGGUACACCGAUCUACAACCGGUUGGCAUGGGAGCUUUCGGCCUUGUCUGCUCUGCAAAGGACCAGUUGACUGGCCAGUCUGUCGCGGUCAAGAAGAUCAUGAAGCCCUUCUCCACACCAGUCCUCGCAAAGCGCACUUAUCGAGAAUUGAAGUUGUUGAAACAUCUCCGGCACGAAAAUGUCAUCUCUCUUAGUGACAUCUUCAUCUCUCCACUGGAAGACAUUUAUUUUGUGACGGAGCUUCUGGGCACGGAUCUCCACCGUCUUCUGACCUCCAGACCACUCGAGAAGCAAUUCAUUCAGUACUUCCUUUAUCAGAUUCUGCGCGGCUUGAAAUACGUUCACUCGGCCGGUGUGGUGCACCGAGAUCUGAAACCUAGCAACAUUCUCGUCAAUGAGAACUGCGACCUCAAAAUCUGCGAUUUCGGGCUUGCUCGGAUCCAAGAUCCCCAAAUGACGGGAUACGUGUCUACCCGGUACUACCGAGCCCCCGAGAUCAUGCUUACCUGGCAGAAGUAUGAUGUCGAAGUUGACAUCUGGAGUGCCGGCUGCAUCUUCGCUGAAAUGCUGGAAGGGAAGCCAUUGUUCCCGGGCAAAGACCAUGUCAACCAAUUCUCCAUCAUUACCGAACUGCUUGGAACCCCCCCACAGGAUGUGAUUGAGACCAUCUGCAGCGAAAACACCCUAAGAUUUGUGCAAUCUUUGCCCAAGAGAGAAAGACAACCGCUCAGUACGAAGUUCAAGAACGCCGAUCCUGCCGCCGUCGACCUUCUUGAGAAAAUGCUGGUGUUCGAUCCUAAGAAGCGGGCAUCAGCAGCUGGAGCCCUGGAGCACGAGUAUCUCUCGCCUUACCACGAUCCGACAGACGAGCCUGUCGCGGAUGAAAAGUUCGACUGGUCGUUCAACGAUGCUGAUCUCCCCGUUGAUACCUGGAAGAUCAUGAUGUACUCGGAAAUCCUCGACUAUCACAACAUUGACAACGGGGAGACUGAACUGGGGGGCAAGCCUUUGACGGUGGAGCAAGCUCAAGCUGUCAAUCAGCAGGUAGUUCAGUAG